AUGUUUGAUACUUCAUCCAAUUCACAAUCUAAUGCGAUUGUCGCUACACAGACUCAGGCUGCGAGCCAAACGUUACCUAUGACCAUGAGUCAUAAUGAAAAGCCUACGAAAUUCAAUGGAGAGAAUUUCAAAACAUGGCAACAGAAAAUGUUGUUUUAUUUGACGACAUUGAAUCUGGCCAAAUUUUUGAAGGAUGAUCCUCCUACUAUUAGAGAGGAUGAAGUGGAUGCUGCAACCGCGUUCAACAUUACCGAAGCAUGGAAGCACUCAGAUUUCCUAUGUCGUAAAUACAUGUUGAAUGGUUUAUCUGAUGCACUUUAUGAAGUAUACAACGUAAAGAAAACGGCUAAGGAACUAUGGGAAUCAUUGGACCAUAAAUACAAAACUGAAGAUGCUGGUGCUAAGAAAUUCUUAGUGCAAGAAUUCCAACUGGUCAUUCAUGGUAUUCUCGCAGAAGGGAUGAUUAUAAGUGAAUCCUUUCAGGUGACAACCAUUAUUGAAAAACUUCCGCAUGCUUGGAAUGACUUUAAGAAUUAUCUUAAGCAUAAGAGAAAAGAAAUGAUAGUGGAAGAUCUGAUUAUGAGACUUCGGAUUGAAGAAGACAAUCAAUGUGCGGCUAAAAGGCUAAACAAAACAGUCAAUCAUAACAUUGCCAAGGCAAAUGUGGUGGAAGUCAAAAAAGGACUUCAAGAAAAGAAAGCAAGCUCAAAUUGA